AUGAUCUCUGGCUCUACCGCUCAAGUUCUGGUCAAUGAUAAAACAAAACCUUGUACUAUUAUACCAAUGAUCACCAAUACCUAUAGAAUCAUUAAUGUAAUCAUCUAUUGUAUUAUUAUUCAAUAUUUAAUUUGUAGAGUCUUACUAUCGAAUCAUUCAAUAGUAUAUGCACAAUGUACAGGUAUGUUUUCAAUUCAAUAUGAGAUCGAAAGUUUAUUUAAUAAUUCAAAUUGUUAUGUUGUGUCUAUAGAUUCUGCAGAAAAACCUAUUAUAGAUGAUUGGGGUUUCGAAUUGAUCGGAGCUGGUGGUAAUGCUAGUCUGUUGUCGAGAUGGGUGGUGAACGACACUGAUCAAUCGCCAAUCAAAUUCUGUUUGGAUGAUCAAUGUGGAUCGCCAGACUACCGACUCGAUGGUUUCUACUAUGCCUUUUUCAGCAUGAAUGAAUCGAUAGCGAGUGGUGCAUCACCACCAUCGACAACAUCGAUUCAACAGAAUUUCACAGCACCUCCCAUCAAAAACGAUGAACAACUAUCGUAUAUACUCUAUUUCUUUGCUUCGUCGACUAGUUUCAUUACGGGAUCGAUCAAAUUCCAACUUGAGGUGUAUAUCGACGAGAAUACAGUGGCGGUUCUCAGCAACACCAUUUACCAACAGCAACACAAGAUCGACGUCACCGACUAUGUUAACAUGCCACCGUUAAUCCACAGACUUUCAUUCAUACUUACCUACAGUUCAUCUGGUAGUAACAACGUUGAAAACAAUCAAAGUAGUGGAGAUAUUAGUGACAUUGGCAGUAAUAAUAGGUUCUCAAGAAACGGUAUUCUACUGUCAAACAUUAUCUUGAGAAGAGAACCAAAAGUAAAACAACCAUUGGAUUUAUAUGUGGAUGUGGUUAGGGGUUCUGAUAGGACGGGCUACGGAACUAAGCAAUUGCCAUUCUCAUCGAUUGCAAUGGCACUGGCAUGGAUACAGACUACCUUUACUAUCUACUUGGCCGAUGGAAACUACUGUGGAUAUCAUGCCGCUGGCGUUGUGGAUUCAUCGAUAUCGAUCAUCGGUCAAUCGGCGGACAACACAGUUAUAAACGGUCAACAGAGUAUACAACCACUGCAUUUCCUGACGUCGGAAGCGAGUGAACUGCUUUUGUUGAAUCUAACAUUUAUCAAUGCCUACUCCAGUAGUAUGUCCGACGGUGGCGCCGUUCUAAACGUGAACAACGCCAACAACGCAACUCUCCACAAUUUCUGGAGCAAUAUCAACGAUUCACUUGUCUAUUUAAAUGAAUAUUCGACAGUUAAAUUCCAACGGUCAAUAGUAUAUCCAGCUGCAACACAAAACACUCCGAUCAUUUUGUUUCAAGCGAUAGGUUCGUGGCUGGUGAUCAACAACACUCUGCUUUCAGCCAGCAGAGAAUCACUACUCUACCAGAUAAUAGAUGGCGAUCUACUGGUCGUAGAUUCAACCAUGUACAAUAUCAGUACAAAGAUAAUCUAUGCAUCCGGCUCCAAUGUAGUGUUUCACCAGGUGACCACGCGCAAUUUUACCGAUUUGGAUGUAUCGGAUUUAUUUUCAUUCAACAUGAUGAACAAACGGACGAGAAUGGUUAAAUUCCUAGAUUGUACAUUCCAUAUGGUGUAUGGAGUGUUUCGAUUCGUAAACUCGAAUCUCUACAUUGCCAACACGACGAUGCAGGAUAUGGCGUUCACCGGAUUCUACUUUGACGGCUACUCUGAAGUGUUAAUACAAAGCUCUACGUUCGAUCGAAUUUCCACCGGUAAAAUAUUUGUAUUUCGAUCUUCUGGAUUCAUAAAGAUUGGCGAAUCGAAAUUCCUAAACCUAAUUUCCAAUUCUAUCAUAUCGGUUCGCACCAAGCUAUUUUUGGUGGCUAGCAACACCUUGUUUUUAAAUAACUUUGGUUAUACCGGUGGAGUGGUCAAUGUCGGUGGUACAGACAAUAGAGUAGAGUUUUAUAAUUGUAUUUUCACAAACAAUUCCGUUAAUGUAAAUGGUGGUAUCGUUUACUCGGUUGGAAAAGUCGAUAUUACAUUCAACAACUGUAAGUUCUACAAUAACAGCGCCAACCAAGGUGGAAUCGCAUUUUUCAUAAAGGAACCACCAAUUUUCAAUGCAUGUGAAUUCAGUGGGAAUCAUGCAAAUCUCGGUGAUAUCAUGGCAUCUACACCAAACCAGCUUAUUCUGACAAACGGUAGCUUCCCAGAAGUAGUUCUUUCCAAUGUUACACAAUUCACUGGGUCCAUUCAGAUUGGAGAUAUUCUGAAUCAGAUUAGUACCUAUCAACAUAUUAAACACACUGUUUAUCUACAGGUUGGUGGUACCACGAUUGCUUCUUCUCCCUUUAUAAAUGGUAGUGCCUACUUUGAUUCAAUCGAUAUCAUAGGAGUGGUUGGUACUAAUUCUACGGUUGUCUUUACCAGUAGCUCAAAUCUUAUACUACCAAUGAAGUUACCAUAUAAUGUAUCUGUGCUACCAUGUAAUUCAGGUUACUAUCCAAUUGACUCCUCUACGCAAUGUUCGAUAUGUCCAUCUGGAAGUUAUGGGUAUGACGGAAACAAAUGUAUUUCAUGUCCACAGAAUGCACUUUGUCAAGGUGGUGAUCAAGUUUCAACGAGACCUGGAUAUUGGUUUGAUGAAAAUCAAUUUCCAAGAGUGAUUUAUGAUUGUGAUCAAUCAUCACAUUGCUUGGAGAAUAACACGUGUCUUGAACAUACAUUUGGUGUUCUUUGUUCAUCGUGUAACAACACCGAACAAUAUUAUUCAUGGUUUGGAAGUUGUAUCGAAUGUACUCAGACCAACAAACUGGUAAUUGCUAUUGUUAUCAUUGGAAUGAUUCUCCUCGUUCUUUGGUCACAUAAAUCAGAUUCAUCAUCAGGUCUGAUGAAUAUUGUUGUCUAUUUCGCACAAACAAUCAUGGUACUUUCGAAAGGUGUUAAUUUCAGUAUUCUUUCACUCCUGAAUCUCCAAUUGGAAAGUGGAGGAUCAUCAAUCAUUGGAUCGAUAUGUCCAGGACCAUUCGAUUAUUACCAGAGACAUUAUACGACGUUCCUUGUUUUCCCAGCAAUUAUUUUCAUUCUCCUCAUUUUCACAAUAAUCAUCACGAUUAUCAGAAAGUUUAAACCGAAUGACCAACCAAUAUUUCCAAGACAAUUUGGAUCAUUUGUCAAGUUAUUGAUGAAUAUUUAUUCACCAAUCAGCACUGCAACAUUUACAAUAUUCUUUUGUCAACAAAUUGGAAUUGGUAACUCGGUUUUAGUCACAGAUUCAUCAGUUCAAUGCUCUGGAAAUCAAUAUCGAACAGCACUCAAAGUCAGUUAUUCAAUGUUGGUUGUUGUUCUUGGAAUUCCAAUGAUUAUUUUCAUCUUAUUAUUCAAGAAUCGAAAACACAAUAACGAUGCAUCAAUCAUUCGAACAUAUGGAGCAUUCAUCUUGAAAUACAAAACAUCAUAUUAUUAUUGGGAUGUAAUAUUAUUAUUCAGAAGAUUGGUGAUUGUAUUGGUGUCGAUUAUGGAUCAAGACACACCAAUCAGAUCAUUCCUUUUGAUUGGAGUAUCUCUGAUCAGUGUCCUUCUUCAAUUGAAACAUUCACCGUUCAUCAGUGAAGGUGAUAAUCAACUUGAAUUGGUAUCACUGAUAUUGAUAUUCAUUUCAUGUAUUUACCUUGGAAAUGAAAUUGAAUCAUAUCUUGAAGAUUGGAUCAUCAUCGUUUGUUGUAUUUCAUUUGCCAUUUAUUUAUUAUAUAUUAUUUAUACACAUUAUCGAAUUUCAAUUCUCAAACGAAUCAAUCAUUAUCUUUCAAUUCUCAGUCGUGGAAGGUUUGGAUAUGAACAACUACACAAUGAAAUGGAAGAAGAUCCACAAGAUGACCACAAUCAAUUUGAAAUUCCAAUUUUAAAAAAUAAAGUCAAUGAAAAUGAAGAGAUUGAUUGA